AUGAGGCCGAUGAGGAUCUUCGCCGCUGCCUUCCUGCUUGCAGAGGUCGCACAGGGGGUGCGACCAGACCGCGAGCUGGAUGAUGGAUUCAUGAUGUUUGAUCAGGCAGAGCUCAAGCGAGUGAGCGAUGCACUGAAGAACGGCGACAUGGCCGCGGCGGUGGCAUCCAACCUCGAACGGCAGCGACGGAGUCCGGAGGUCGUCACCGGCAACAUGGCAACGAGCCAGGCAGCACUGCAGAUCGCCCAAGAUGUUCCAGAGGCCACAUUGCGUCUUGAAGAUCCCGUCUGCCGUUCUAAUUCCACGGUGCUGAGGUCCGUUCUUUUUUACCUGCCAGGACUCGGCGAAAGCUGA